UCUGAUACAUUUAUAACCAUAGCGUUUUUCUCCUUCAUCGCAACUUAUUGGAUUUAAUUCCAAAAGUCCGUCAUUCAUAAAUUCCAAGGUCUUGGAAUUUUUUUAUAAUUAUUACAAAUAAACUUAAAAAGUUUGUUUUUAAAUUACAUCAAUUUUAAACACUCGUGUGUUUAAUUUUAUCGUAAAAACAAAAAUAAAGUGAAAUUUUCGCUUCCACAAAACUGUGUCUACACUUGAAUUGAAAAUGUACACAAGAAGCAGACAAAGCAAUUCAAAUUUCUCUAAUGCAGGUCAGCAGCAGAGGCAAAAUACUCCCAAUUCGCAGGGAAAUUUCCAAAAUCAACAAAACCAAAACGCCAAUUCGUUCUCUCAGCAAGGGAAUUACCAAACAAGUCAAACAACACGAGUCAAUCAGCAGGGCAACUUCAAAGGCGGUAAUGUCCAGCAGUUUAAGGGACAGCAACAACAGCAGCAGCAACAACAACAACAACCGUCAACGCCUCUGCAGCAGCAGGCUAAUCAGGCUAGAAUGCAACAACAACAGCAGCAGCAACAGCAGAAGCCUAAUCAACCGCUUCAACAUCAACAAAUUCAGCAGCAGUUGAAGCAACAACAACAGCAGCAACAACAACAACCUGGCUCUGCUCCCGGAACACCUCAGGCUCAACGCUUGAAGCCAAUUUUGAAACAAUCGCCAGCUACUCCUGCUCCGGCUGUCGGGCAGACACCGCAAACACCUCAGGUUCAAGCUCAAGCGCCAAAUCAACAAGCUCAACAACAACAGCAGCAGCAGCCGCCGAUUCAAGCGCCUCCGGCUCCGCAGAUUGGUGGCGAUGCCAAGGACGAGGAGGGAGAAAGUGUCGAGGGAAUGGAGACUUCUGAUCAACCAAGAUGGAGGCGCAAGACACCCGGUUUGAAAGUCAAUCGUAAAUUGAAACGCCUUCGUAUGAAUCAACGUCUGCGACGAACAAUUCAGCCAAAGAAUGCAAUCAUGGUUCUCAAUGAAAUGAAAACUGGAGUUCAAUUUAUAUUCCCUGAAACUCAAUCAUCGAUGACUAGUUCAUUGUUCCUUGCUCAUGCUGAGAUUGAUGGAAAAACUUAUGUCGGUCAAGGACUUUCAAAACCGCUUGCACGUCAAAAUGCAGCUGAGAAUGCACUCAAGUGUCUUCUUUUGGAGAAAAUGUCAGCCGCUGCAAUAAAAGCUAAAAUUGAUGCUGAAUCUGAUGGACAAACGACACUUGAUUCUUCAAUUAUUAAAGACGAAAAUAAUGAUAGCUCUGAAAAAAUGGAUGUCAAUUCUGAGGAACCAGAAGAGGUGCCAUGGAGUUGUUUGGCCAGCUUUGCUUUAUAUAAAUUAUUCGUCGAAUGGCAAAAUCAAGGCACUGUUGUGCCAGUUCCAAGGCCCGGUGUACCAGCUGGAAAAGUGAAGAAGGAGACAAAGCCAACUAUUCAAAAGGAAUUGCCAAAUAAUGCAACGAGUGUGCAUCCAGUUAUGCUAUUGAAUCAAAUGAGACCUGGACUCACUUACGUUGAAGUUAACCGCGUGGGAAAUCCUCCCAAUACAAUGUUCACAUUGGGAGUGGAAAUCGAUGGCAUUGAAUAUACAGGAACAGCCAAAAACAAGAGGGAUGCGAAGAAGAUAACCGCGAAAGCUGCUUUGGAAGCUUUGUAUGGCUUGACAUACGAGGAGGAAGUCAAGGUUGAUCACUCUGAAGACAUUCAAAUGUGUUAAUUUAUCCCUUUUUUUUAUAAUUCUCAUCACUACUUUCCAUUACUUUAUUUCUCCUCCCCAAUUUUACUCCUAUGAGUCUAGUGCUCAUAAUAAACGUGAAUAUUUCACAGAAACAGACACACAUACACAAACCCUUUUUCUCAAUAUUGAAUGUGUAGGCUAUUAAUGUGCAUAUUACAUAGAUUUUAGAUAUUAAUCUCUCAGUAAGAUAAUAACUGAUUAAAAAAGAAAAAAAAACAUUUUUUUUUGAAAUAGUGAUUUUUUCUAAUUUUUAAUAUUCAUUAGGAAUGUAUAAUUUUUUUUUCUUUUUUGUCUUCUCUCUUAUAACGUCAUUUUAUAUUUAGACAUUCUUUAAGGUCGACAAACUAAUUAAAACAAAAAAAAAACAAAAGAAAAUAUAGGGACAAAAAUUUAGACGUUAUUUCAUACAUGCGAACAAUUUGAAGAUUGAGUUUUUUCUUUCUUUCUAUAUUUAUUGUUGUAGAAUAAUAAUUUGAAUGUCAAAAGAGAAUUUUUAGGAAUGUAAAUUCUUUAAAAGCAACCGACUUUCGAUAGAAAAAAAAAUGUAUCCGUCGAUCAUGAAACAAUUUAUAAAGAAUAAUAAUAAUGAAACAAAAACAAAAUUAUUUCUGGAGCUUUCGACACGUUUACACGUUGCCUCUUGAAUUUAGUGUAUAAUUAAAGUACACGUAACACUUGA